GGUGCCCGAGAAGUACUCGAAGAUGUACCCGGAUGUAAUGAACGAGGGACGAAAGACUUAUUGUGGCAUGGUGUCUGCUCUGGAUGAAAGCGUUGGCAACGUCACCGCGGCGUUGACGAACCGCGGCAUGAUGGACAACACCCUCAUACUGUUCUUAUCUGACAAUGGACCCGACAUGCCCUUCCAUGGCAACAGCUUCCCUCUAAGGGGAGGCAAGCUUUCAAUCUGGGAGGGUGGUCACAGAUCGGUCAGUUUCCUGCACGGUGUGGGGCUGCAGAGGACGGGGGUCACGUAUGACGGGUUGGUACACGUCGUGGACUGGCGGCCGACCCUGCUGGGGGCGGCGACGGGAGGGAGAGGAACGCCAGAAGCUGACAUAGACGGGAUAAAUCUCUGGGAGAACAUUCGGACAGGGUCGCCUUCCCUGAGAACAGAGUUUGUCUACAAUCUGGACGAUGUUCAUGCCGAUUUCUUCAACGCUGGUACCGCCGCGAUAAGAGAUGGCGACUACAAACUCAUCCUCGGCUAUACAGGGUCCUAUAACGACUGGUACAGACCUCAAAAUACCACAGAGGAUGAACCACUGCAUGUCGGGAGCUACGUUGUCGGAGACCUUCCAGAGCAGCUGUAUAACCUGAGAGAUGACCCGACAGAGAGUAGGAACAUAGCACUGCAGGAACCCGAGAUGGUCGCUAAGAUGAAACUGAAGAUCAACCAGUACCGUAAAAUGAUGGUACCUGCACAAAAGAGACAAUGCUCAUUACUGGCUGUGCCAUCUCUACAUGGCGGUGUGUGGUCUCCAGGCUGGUGCUGAGAGCCUCGUUUCCCCUUAAAUGUGCUGGUGUCUUCCGAUGUCUCGUAGCGUAUUGAUGUCUUGAUCUCGCUGUCCCCUUAGAGCCCCCUGAUGCCCUUAACUAUCCCAUAAUAGCCGCUGGCGCCGCUCGCUAGCCCAUGGUGGCCCCUAAUGUCGAUUACUAGCCCCUAAUGGCCGUCACAAGCACAUCAUAGCCCCUGAUAUUCCUUUCUAGCCCAUAAUGACCCCUAAUAUCCCUUAGUGGUCAGUGGUGGCCCCUUGGUGUCCCGUACUGGUU